AUGAAGUUCUCUCAGCUUUUGCCUAUUCUGGGCCUCCUAUCCCGGGUUGACGCUGCGCAGAACAAGCGAGUGCUCUACCCUGCGCACCCUCCCAACCAUGAUGCCGAUGAUCUCGCGCACUUAGUUCCCACCCCUGAACAGGCGAUGCACUUCAGAGAGGGCGGAAAGUCGGCCACUGAUCCCUCGUCUUUCGGGCAUAUGGUCUCCACUUUCAACCAUCCCACUGUGCUGCUGGAUCAUUCGUCGCAGAUUGCCAGUGUGAGCUGCAAGCCCAACGGCCUGGAUGUGUGUUUCAAGAACGAGGCAGCAGAAAGACACGCUGCCGAAAAAUGGGAUGCAAAUCACAGCCCUCUUAUUUUCUCCACUAACCAUCCUGGUUGCGGUAAUCACCACGAUGGCAAGAGAAGCUUCUGGAAAGUAUCCACGGUAUUAUUCAAGGCUAAACAGAAAUGUGCCUCGGUCAACGCGACAGAAGUCUCUAUGGAAGAGGCAAUGAAAGAUUUUGACCUUGAGUUCGGCCACACUCAUGAGAAGAUCCACAAGGAACGCCUCUCCCGUCGGAGCACCAGCGCCACCCUGAUUGCCUCCAGCACGACCGAGGAUAUCACCGAUGACCCGGCCGCUCUCUCGGACUUCUUCGGCGUCCCAGUCACUGGAACCUAUGAGAAUAUCCCAGAAGCAACUCCGGAGUCGCACGAUGGGACAGUCACGGAGAUAACGCCCAAAGAUUUAGAGAAACGGCUGUGGGGCCCGAUUCAGUGGCUCGCUGAUGUAGGCAAGGCAGUGGUUAACACCAUCGUAGAUGGUGGCAAGAAGAUCUGGGACGGAGUCAAGGAACUUGUCGGGAAAGUCAUAGAGUUUGGAAAGGAAAUUGGUAAAUUAAUUCAGGAUCCGUUGAACUACGAAUGGAGUCUGGGGGCCUCGGUCAGUCGCCAGUGGAAUAUCGGCGGCGAAGGCACUCGCAGGGUGCCCACCACCUCCGGUCUUUUCGGCGACGGCGAGGGCCUGGUGAUCGCCAGCACUGGUGUGUUCCCCGGUGAUUUGAGAUGCGAGAACUGCUACGCCAAGGGCGAUGUCUCAUUUGCCGGUCGCAUCGGAUGGAGCAUCAAUGACGGACUCAAAACCGGAUAUAUUUCGGCUGGAGGAUAUUGGGAUUCCCAGCUGGCUCUCGCGUUUCGUCUGCAGGGACAGAAGAAGGUAGAAGCUUACAAGAAGCAGUUGCUGUCCAAGAACCUGAUCAACCUUGAAAUUCCAGGAGUCAUCAGCGUCGGACCUGAGGUCACUCUGAGCGCCGUAAUUGACCUGUAUUUCCAAGCGCAGGCUGAUAUCCUUAUCGGAGCCCGGUUUGAGAUUUCCCGUGGCGAAGCCCGUCUUGAUCUACUAGACAAGAGCAAGAACAAGUUCGAGGGAUUUGUUCCCAAAUUGACUCCAAUUGCCAAAUACAGGGGCAACGAAGAAGCGUCGGUCACGGUCGAUUUUGGCCUUCCAUUGGGACUUGAAUUUGGGGUCGAUUUGUUGAACGGCAAGUGGAAAAAGACUGUCGGAAUCAUUGACCAGCCAUCUUUCCAGGUACGAGCGAAGACCUCCGUCGCAGGCUGUGACGGCAUCGACAUGAGUUUGGCAGUCCAGAACUACCUGUACCUCACCGCACUCGGUCUUUAUGACUACGCCAUUGACACUCGGGACCUGUGGUCCGCCCCAUUGGGCUGCAUUAAGUGGGUGUCGGUGUCGCCAUCAUCAUCCAAAGCUCAUCGUCGUAGGUUGGCAUCUCGCCACUUGGCUCUCCGCGCCGCGACCGUCGAGCCGGCCGGUGAAGCAGUCAACGAGACCUUCCCUGACGGAGGAAUAUCAAUUCAGCCGCCCGAGAUCGACCCAGUGUCAGUGAAUGAAACCGAGGUGGAUCCGGUGACGGAUUUCGGGUACAAGCUCAUCAGCGACAUCAAGCAAACGGCGAUCCUCAUUGCCGGCAAGGAGGACCGUCUGUACCUCGCCCCGUAUGGCGACCCAGAUGCGAGUGGUGGAGCGCCAUUUGCCUACCAGGAAGAAGCAUCGGACUCGGUGAUCAUGGGCGACGUAUACGGUGGAUAUCUGAACUACAAUCCCACCGAGAUGAGCCAGACUGGGGCAAGUAACCUGCGCUCAUCUCGGUUGACCAAUGUGCCAGAGGGAUCAAAGUUUAUUGCUCUGGCUGAGGUACAUACCGACGGCACCGAGGAACAAGGCAUGUACGUCGCAGUGGACGGGGAUAAGAUCUACGCAUUGGCAACGUGCAGCGUGGUCGACAUGGGAACUCGUAUGUACGUGGUGGACUAUACCACCAACGUCAUGAACCGACUCAACAACAACGAACUGAAAGACUCGGUGGUAGGGGGCGAAGUCCGGGGAUGCCAGUUAGUGUAUCUGACCUCGGGAUCCAAGGGGCUGGUGGUACCCGAGUAA